AUGGCCAGCUCAAGUCAUUUGAUGACAGGAGGGGUGAUUGGAGGAGGAGGAGGUUUUGCACCACUUUUAUCUCACCUCACCAUGGAGACUGAGCUGCAAAAGCUUCUGGCUGAAGAGAAAACCAGAGCUGAAGAGCAUAAGAUAAAUUAUCAGAGGCUGAAGGUUGAGUACACAAGGCUUCAGGACAAAAUAAUGGAACUAGAGGCAGAGAAUAAAUCAACAAUUGAAGAAUCAAAAAUUGUCAAGGACAAGUACCUGGCCAUGUAUGAAGCUUGCAAGCGGGAACUUGCUGAAAAGAUUGCCGAAAUUGAAGAUAUGAAAACACGGAUGAUCUCUGCUUCCCGUUUAGAACUCAUUAAAGGAGAAAUAGCCAAUGAACUAGAAAAGACAUUCAAAGAAAAGUCAAAGAAGCAGGAGGCAGAAGUUGAGGAAUACAGACUGGCUGUGAAUAAACUACGAUAUGAGCUGUCAUUUCUGAAGGCUGAAUAUGAGCAUGAGCAGGAGGAGCAUCGCAAGCAUUUGGAGGAUCUGGUUAAACAUCAUGACAUUGAGAUGAGCAACUUGCGCCAAGACCGUGACUCAACCAUUGCCAGGGUUCAGGCGGAAACAGGUCAGGAUAAACAGAAAGUGAUGGUACUGCAGCGGGACAAUGUUCAGUUACAUAUACAGGCUGAACGAGAAUCCUUAAAAAGACAGCUUGAGAAUCUGCAGCGAGAGCUGGUUGCUAUGGCAGCCGAGAACACAAGUCUCAAGGGAGAUAUUCAUGAAUUGGAAAAGAAGAAUACCAUAUUGAAAGGCCAUGCUGAGGAGGUUAACCACAGGUCAAAGGUUGAUGUGUAUGACCUGAAAAUGGAAAUGUUAAAGCAAAGGAGAGAAGUGGAAAAAGAAAGGGAUAUGCUGAAGAAUAUGGUAGAAGAUUUGAAAAGCCAGUUGGAUAUUGCCGAUUCCAAGGUGGGAAAACUGCAGCAGAUGCUUGAGGAUAAGGAAAGAGAGAUAGUUCAUCGAGUACAGGCAGCUCAUGAAGAGGAGUUUUCUAAGAUGACUAAAGUAGAGAGUGAGAAGUUUGAACUUGAAACCAAACUACAAGAACUUGAAAGACGGCGUAUUGAUGAUGACAGCCGCCAUCACAAGAACUGGAAAAAAACGAGGAGAGGCUUAAUCAAGCAAAUGCAGCCAGAGAAGAGGCAGAGCGAGAGCUGUUUUACUCGCCUAAGUCACAUGGAGAACUUGCAGUCUGAGCUGGAGAGAGAACGAUCAGAAAACUCCAGUCUGAAGACACAAGUCCAUAGACUGGAAUCAGAACUGAUGAGUUUUCGUGGUGCUGAGAAUGAACUGGCUGACUCCAAUAUACAGGAACUCAAGAUGGCUGUCUCACAGCUAGACAAACUCAGGAAUGAACAGGAG